AUGCACGACGAAGAGGAACACAUUGAAGCCGAAAGCUCAGAUGGUUUCGAUGGCGAUUCGGCCUACGCCGGGUCCACGUCUGGCAGUCUAACGGAGACAUUAGCCUCGGCGAUAGCCCGUGGAGUAGAAGAACAUGGCAGAACUUAUGCUGCAUAUGGGAAUGAAGGCAUGUCGCAAGUGGGGAUUCGUGUUUGGUAUACUAACGGAAUUGACAGAAUGGCUGACGCUUAUCCUUCCGCUGAGGUUCUUGGUCUAGAUAUCGCACCAGUUCAACCUCAAUGGGUACCACCCAACUGUCGAUUCGAGAUUGACGAUAUUGAAAUGCCAUGGACGUUGGAUGCGGAUAGUUUCGACUUUAUACACGCUCGAGAUCUUCUGCUGUCUGUCCGCGAUUGGCCAAAAUUAAUUCAGCAAUCUUACGAUCACAUAAAACCUGGUGGUUAUUUAGAGCUUCAAUGUGUAUGGCCAAAAUUAAAAUGUGACGAUGGCUCUGCACCUCGUGAAAGUGGUUUGAUGGAGUUUAGUAGAAACGCCUUGGAUGCUUCUCAAGUACUUGGUGUUCCACUCAGUGCUUGCGUCGAUUACGCCGAGUGGAUGACCGCUACAGGAUUCGAAGACGUAACAGAAAAGCGUAUGAAAAUGCCAAGCUCUCCAUGGCCAAAAGACAAACGAAUGAAGCUUAUCGGUGCUUUCGAGAUGCAUAAUUUAUUAAGAGGCAUCAGUGGCAUGAGUCUUCGGAUGUUUAACAAAGCCUAUGGAUGGUCACAGGAGCAGAUUGAAUUAUUUCUGGUCAAAGUCAGGCAAGAUAUAGCACACUUGAAGUAUCAUACUUAUUUUGAAUUUGUUAUAGUACAUGGUAGAAAACCAGGUGGUCCUACAACAGAUCUACCGGACGCUCCGCUAUUACAAACUCCAACGACGCACAACUGA